AUGAAGCUAUCCCUCGCAUUGAUGUUCCCGGCCUUGGUGGCGUCUACCGCCGCCCUUGUUGUCCCAUCUUCUACCGUCCCUAAACCCUUCUCCGCCCCCGAUGCGCACAUCCUCUCCCUCAGCGGCCCGGGCUGUCCACCUCUCACCGCCCCCCGCGACAGCUUUCCCACGCGCGUCUCGUACGGAUUGGACAUCAACGGAAACAAGGAGUUCUACAAGCACGUCACGUAUCCAUGGCUGGCAGUUGGGCUCGCAGCGGAUCUCGGCGAGCCCUCGUCGCGCUACUGCGACGUCACGCUGAACAUCAGCGCACCGGCCGAGUUCCAGAUCGUGCUGGGCCGGAACGGGACGAGGGCGCUGGCGACAUAUGAUCUGGACGAGGGGGUGGAGGUGGGGUGGAAGUUUGAGUACGAUGUCCCUGGGGCUGACAAGCGCGUCGACAGCAUCAAGGUAAUUGGGCCCUUGCACACGGGCAAUGACGAGGUCGCUUUCAACGCUUCUGUGCCUGCGGCCCCGUAUACUUUCCCGACGUGCGGGGAGGUGGUGCUCAAGCUGCGGGCUGAGGUUACAGUCAAGGGGACCAAGGAGGGAGAAAAGGGAAGGGUAGAUAGUCAGAGGGCGAUGUAUGAGCAUGAUGGGUAUAAGGGGAGCUAUGCGUAUGGGUCCCCCCAUCGCGGAGCCGCUCCGCUGACGUCUUGCGUGUCUGGGGAACCCUCCCAUUGCCUCACCCGCACUUCCUGCCUCCGCACAGAACGCAGCAACGCACCCACGAUGGGCAAGUCGUCGUCCAAAACCAGUGCGCGCGUGCUCCCCCUCAUCCCGCUCGCCGCACCGCUCGCCGUCCUCCCCGCAACCACGCUCAAGAUCCCCAUCGCCAACCGCUCCGACAUCGCCGCCAUCCUCGCAAAGAUCUACAGCAUCUCCCCAACGGCGAAACCCGAUGCCGCCAUCACCGUCGCCUGCGUGCCGCUCAACUCGCCCGACGUGUCGCCGCGCGACGGGAAGCUGCUGAUUGAGGACGGCGGCAAGAAGGGCGGAAGAGAGAAUCUGUAUGAGACGGACCCGGUCAAUGCGACCAAGAAGGAUGUCUUUGGGUAUGCGUGUGUGGCCAAGGUCAGCGGGGUCCAGGGGCGACGGCAGGGCGAGCUGAGUCUGGUGGUCGAGGGCCUGGAGCGGGUGCGGGUUGUGGAUGUGGUGCAGGACCGGCCGUACUUUGAGGGCGAGCUGGAGGCUGUCGACGAGUUUGGUAUGUACACGCCAUCGUCCCAGGCCGUGCCGGACGAAUGCAAACUGACUCUCCCAGUGGACCUGGACAACCCCGAAUUCGAGUCGCAGUUCAACCUGCUCAAGCAGCUGUCGCGCGAACUGCUCGCCCUCGUCCGCCUGUCAUCCAUACUGCCACGCGCCCCGGCCGUGUCGCUCUCGCCCAUCGUCGCACGGAGACUGGAGCUGUUCAUCGCGCGGAAAGACUUGACCGAAGCGGGAUCGCUGGCUGACUUCAUGGCCAACGUGGUGGAUUGCACGCACGAAGAGAAGCUGCGCGUGCUGGCAGCGGUUGAUGUGAAGGAGCGGGUGGACAAAGUCAUCGAGAUACUCCAGCGCCAAAUCACAAACAUACAGGGCAGCACGCGGAUAACGGUCACAACCGCUGCCGUGCCUGUGCCGACGGGCAGCUUCGACAUUGACCAGCUGCGGAGACUGCAGCAGGAAGCCCUGCAAAGACGAGGCUUGAAGGGCUCGAAUAUGCCCCCUGGUUUCCCGGGCGGGCUUCCAGGCGGAGGAGCGAACGUGGGAGACGACGAGCCCAACGAGGUAGAUGAGCUCAAGAAGAGGCUGCAAGACGCACAGCUUUCGCCUGAGGCGGACAAGGUAGCACAGCGAGAGCUCCAGCGCCUGUCCAAGAUGAACCCAGCACAGGCCGAAUACCAGGUCUGCCGGAAUUACCUGGAGAACCUCGCCGAGAUUCCGUGGACAAAGACUACGGCCGACCAGCUGGAUGCGAAGACGCUGAUCAAGGCUAAGAAGCAGCUCGAUGACGACCACUAUGGGCUGGAGAAGAUUAAGAAGCGACUGUUGGAGUAUUUGGCUGUGCUCAAGCUCAAGGAGCACGCCAACAAGAGUCUCGACGAGCAGAUUCGGACCCUUGCUGAUGCAGCGCAUCCCAAGGAGGAGAAGGAUGAAAAGGAAGAAGACUUAGACGAGAAGCCCACGCGAGAGCCCACAGAGGAAGAGAUGCGAUUGAUGGAGAAGAAGCGCAUGGUCGACAAGUCGCCCAUCCUCCUGCUCGUCGGCCCUCCCGGCACCGGAAAGACGUCACUCGCAAAAUCCAUCGCAACCGCCCUCGGCCGCAAGUUCCACCGUAUCUCCCUCGGUGGCGUGCGCGACGAAGCCGAAAUCCGCGGCCACCGCCGCACCUACGUGGCCGCCAUGCCGGGCCUCGUUGUCAACGGCCUCAAGAAAGUUGCCGUCUCAAACCCCGUCUUCCUCCUCGACGAAAUCGACAAGCUAGGCACGUCAAACUACAACGGCGACCCCUCCGCAGCGAUGCUCGAGGUCCUCGACCCAGAGCAGAAUCACACCUUCACAGACCACUACGUCAACAUCCCCAUCGACCUAUCCAAAGUCCUCUUCAUCGCCACGGCGAACUCCCUUGACACCAUCCCCCCACCGCUCCUCGACCGCAUGGAGACCAUUCAGCUCAGCGGCUAUACAACGCUGGAGAAGCGCAACAUCGCAGAGCGCCACCUCAUCCCCAAGCAAAUCACAACCAACGGGCUACAUAGCGAAGAAGUCCUCAUCCCGACGGACGUCCUCGACAAGAUCAUCACAGCCUACACGCGCGAAGCCGGCGUGCGCAACCUCGAGCGCGAAAUCGGCAGCGUGUGUCGCUCCAAAGCCGUCGAGUACGCAACUGCAAAGGACACCGAUACCCUCGCGGCGUACAACCCUGCCGUCACGCUGUCCGACUUGGACGCCAUCCUCGGCAUUGAGCGCUUCGCAGAGGAACUGACUGAGCAGCAUGCCCGCCCCGGCGUGGUGACCGGGCUGGUUGCGUACUCAUCCGGCGGGCAGGGCAGCAUCCUGUUCAUCGAGAUCGCGGACAUGCCUGGGUCCGGGCGCGUGCAGCUCACCGGCAAACUGGGCGACGUGCUCAAGGAGAGCGUGGAAGUCGCGCUGUCCUGGGUGAAAUCGCACGCUUUCGAGCUCGGCCUCGCCGCCUCCGCAGACGAAGACGUAAUGAAGUCGCGCGCCAUCCACGUCCACUGUCCCUCUGGUGCGAUUCCCAAAGACGGCCCGUCCGCCGGGUUGGCGCACACCAUCGCCCUCAUCUCGCUCUUCAGCGGCAAGCCCGUCCCGCCUACCCUUGCGAUGACGGGCGAAGUGUCCCUCCGGGGCCGCGUUCUCCCCGUUGGCGGGAUCAAGGAGAAGUUGAUAGGUGCGUUGAGGGCGGGCGUGGAAAGGGUACUCCUGCCCGAGGCGAACAGAAAGGACGCUCGGGAUCUACCGGCCGAGGUACUGGAAGGACUCAAGAUCGAGUUUGUGGGGCAUAUCUGGGAGGCACUUGGGUUGGUGUGGCCCGAGCGGUGGGAGGGGCGGGAGGCUGGAUGGGAGAGCAGGCUGUGAGGCGAGGAUGCAUGAUGUGUAUGGGUUUCGAGACGGGAAAGGGGGAGCAGAUGCGCUGGAUCUGCGGCAAGGGGAGUCUGUGAGGUUGUACAUAUAGUUACUGGCUGCAUUCGCUCUUUAG